UUCAAUAUUACAGACAGCCAGGAUUUAAGUCAGUUUUGUCUUCCUCUUUUGUACUUUUCAUUGACUGUCAGAAAAGCCGUGAGGUCUACUGGAGUCCUUACAUAAAUAUGACCAGUCCCCCUCCAUUGGACUUUAUCUUUGACUGACAACCCAGUAUUGCACCUGCUGAGAAAUUAAUUUACAGUCAAGGCAAGUGGUCCCAGUUGACCCAUUGAUUGCAAUACAGGCAGGCAGAGUCGAGCCUGAGAAGGGUGGGUGGAAAUCAACACAGGAAAUCAACGCAGUCUGACCUAGUUUUGAACAGCCUGGUGUGCUCUCAGUCAUCAGCAAUUGUUAUCUCCCCUCUAAAGAUAGUUUAUACGGCAAGGAAUACAAGGACUUGACCCCUCGCUUUGAUGAAGAAUCGUGCAGUAAGAGGUGGUGGCAGUGGAGGCCGAGGCAGAGGCUGGGCUGAGUCAGUCAGGAGAUCUAGCAUGGGUCUGCCUAUUAUUAUAUGAAUACAUUUUCAUGCUGUAUGCUCUCUUGUGUUUUGGAAUUCAGUGGCUUAAACACCUUAGACAAGAUAGUUCAAUAUUACAAGAUAGGGGGACACUAGUAAAUCUGAAAAGGAACUCAAUGCGUGGUAUGUGAUGCUAUCGGAGAUUUGUGGUCUCUUUGAGUCCUUCUGUCAUCCUGACUAGACUGCUCCAGACAACAAAAUUAAUUAUCACAGGAAAAAAUGAUCAUUUGUUUCAAGACCGCCUCAUGAUCCAGCGCUUUGACUUGAACAUGGCUGGUCACACCAGACUGGUGCGCAGAUAGAGUGCGUGGGGUGAGCAGCAGUAGUAGUGGAAGAGAAACUGGGAACCUAUCUAUCAAUCCAAGUAGAGUCCAUCUAACAACACGUUUCAGAAGGACUAAACAUGGCCAAGAAAGCUGAGCACAAUCGCACCUUUAAUAUCAGCGUGGUGGGGCUGUCUGGGACGGAGAAGGAAAAGGGAGAUGUGGGAGUGGGCAAGUCCUGUCUCUGUAAUCGCUUUGUGCGCCCUCUCGCGGAUGAUUUCUACACUGACCAUAUCUCGAUGCUAAGCCAAAGUGACUUUGGUGGAUGUGUUGUCAACAAUGACCACUUCUUAUACUGGGGCGAGGUGACCAAAAUGGCUGACGAUGGCUCUGAUUUGACGUUUAAUGUCAUAGAACAGACAGAGUUCAUCGAUGAUUCCUCUUUUCAACCUUUUAAAGGUGGCAAAACAGACCCAUAUUACAAGAGGUGUGCAGCUACCAAGGUUACUUCUGCAGAAAAGUUGAUGUACAUUUGUAAAAAUCAGCUAGGGUUGGAGCAUGAUUUUGACAGGGUUCUGAUGCCGGACGGCAAACUAACAGUGGAUGGAUUUGUAUGUGUUUUUGACGUCAGUGAUGUAAAACAAAGACCUAUUGAAAGACAAGUGGAGUAUGUUGCACUUAUUCUUAACAGUCUCAUGAAAACCAAAAAGCCAGUCGUUUUGGCGACAACCAAGAAUGACGAAGUUCGCUCCCACAACAGCAAAGAGGCCGAGGCAUUAGUUGCUAGGAAGGAAUACAAAGGAUCAAUCCCAGUUAUAGAAACUUCUGCCCAUCAAAAUGUCAAUGUCGAACUAGCCUUUACAACUGUAGCACAUAUGAUCGACAAAACCAGAGCGCGACCCAAACAUGUGCCCUUUAGAGAGGCUGCGAAAGCCCGUAAAGAACUACUGGAUGUAGCCAAGAGUGCGUACUUAAAUUUACUAAGAUCUCAAGUCCUGGACUACAAAGCCUUUUGGGGUAACGCAAGCAAAAAGUUUCAGGAUAAUCCCGAUUUUAUUCGAUUUUUGGAAUUUUUUGGGUCAGACAGUGCAAAAACCAUUUUCAGGAGGCACACAAGACAAUUGAAGGAGCACUUGAUCAGGAAGAGGGAAGACACGUUCUUGAAACAGAUCCCAAAUCUGUUAAAGGAGUUUUUACCAGAUCUUACAACAAUAGGUGAUAGGCAAUGGGGCAGCUGCAGGAAUUUGAUCAAGCAGCACGGAAAUUUCAAUGACCAUUUUGUGAUGCUAGACCAAGAUUUGUCUUGGUCUGACACAGAAUACCUAGACAGCACAGACGAGCGUGUCCCCUUUACCUUACUUAGUUUCCCAGAGGCUGAGACUAGCUUUAGAAACCAUGUCAAUACACUCCAGGCUGAAAGUAGAAGGCAGGAACUUCGAAAGCAAUUCAAGCACAUUCUAGAAGACAAUCCACAUGUUACACCAGGGAAAACAUUACAAGAAGUGUCAAUCUUUUUCCUUGGUCGUGAAAGUUACGACUCCUUAUCUGAGGCUGACAGGAAAGAAGUCUAUGACAGACAUCAGCAAGAAAUACGUGAAGAUGCUAAAAAGGACUUUGUAGAACUUCUGUAUGAGCGUGCAGAAGUUUUUGCGAAAUAUGAUCCCAAUGAAACCAUUACCACUGAAGAUUUGCAGAGCAUUAUACAGGAACUGAAGGAAGAGCAAAGGUACAAGGCAUUAGGCAAAUUAGAAGAAGUGAGGAAGGUCAUGCUGUUGAACCAUCUAGGGUUUAUCCAGUGGCCUUCUAAGGAUCGCUGCCCUUUUCGAGACCACUGUAUGGAGAAUAGUAUAGAAGCUACCUUGAAAAGGCAUAGGACUAAGUCUGGCAGUACCAGUAGCUCACAGUUUUUCCCAGACCUAGAUGAUAACAGGCUCAACCUUGUGUUGCUAGGGAGAGAGGGGUUGGCAGAUGAGCUGGCUAAUGACAUUCGGCUACAGUGCAUUGAUGACGAGUUUGCUUACGAGGGCUGUGUGUUCAGCCUGGACUACAGACCAAUAGAUGGCGAUGUCUCCCUGCCACAGAAUGCCUUCUCUACAGCAGAUUUCAGACCACAUGGGUGCUUUUGUGUGUACAGUAGCUCAGAAACCUUGGACUAUAUCAAAGUUAGCCUAGAAAAGACAUUACUACUGGACCUAGAGAGUGAGGAGAGACUUCCAUUUCAAGGCCUGCCUCUGGUGAUAGUGCUGGCUUAUGACCCAGGGCACACAGAGAAAGGGUUAAUGUUACUCAGAGAAGAAGGGCAGGAACUAGCUCAGAGUUUGCGUUGUCCGUUCAUCGACAUUCCAGAAGACAUGAUCAAUGAGGAGAUGUGCAAAUACAAGUUCCACCCAGUACAGAUCAACCAGGCUCUCAAUAAGUUAAUGGACUGUGUAAGGGACAGACCGGGCCUGGGCAAUCCUUACAGCAUAGUGGAGUGUGCAGAACCAGAUAUCAGGGUAGUGUUAUGUAUGAUGUGUGGUGACCAGUACAAUGUAGAACUUCCUCUCGGCCCAUUCCUUGGCCAUCAGAACUGUGUGGUCACUGCAGACAAAGAGAAAUACCAGCUGGUCACUAUAGAGACUUACGUUGGGGACUCGUGUAAACGGAAGGUGGAAGUGACUGUCACUUCGUACCAUGGUGCUUCGCUACUUAAAGAUGAAUUUGUGCAUGGGUUUAUUUUAGUGUAUUCUGCCAAAAGGAAAGCAUCCCUGUCAACUUUGAAAGCUUUCACUGAUGGCAUUCCAAAUGUGCCAAUCCAGAUUUUAGCAGUAACUGAAGGUGGUGGGGCCAACGCAUUCUUCUCCAAUGAUUCCUCUCAGAAUAUCAUCACAGAGGGCAAUGCCAUAGCAGACAAAGUCAAAGCUCAUUUCAUGGUCACUAGUCUUAAUUUCCCACAACAAACUGCAGUUUUCAGCCCAUUCUUAAAGGACGUCUGGGACAGAAAGUCUGAUAUUGAGGCCAGUUAUGUGUUCUCUGGAGAUGAAUCUUACAACACAGUGCGCUCUGAGCCCAGUGAAUCAGAGAGGCUAGUAGACCUGGACAGGAGACCCCCCGCUACCCUGCCAAAGCCAUGGAGAAAUGACUCGUACAGUGCUCCUAAUGGCAGCAACAGCACCGAAGAUUCGGAGCCAAUCUACGACCAGCCAGCAGCUGGCCAGCAGUCAGACAGUGAGCAGGAGCGUGCUUCCUCCACCUCUCCGCCAUAUUAUGACAAAGCUGGGGACAAGGUGUAUGAUAAAACAUACGACAAAGCGUAUGAUAAAACAUAUGACUCUGCUUAUGGGAAUAAUAUAUCACCCUAUGGGACUACAGAGACUGGGCCGUAUAGUGAAGUGAAUGCGGAGCCCUUAGUCAAACCAAGUCAGUUGAAAGGAAGGAAGAACCAGUAUGCAGAGCACAGAAAAUCUUGCCCGGUGGCUAACAUCUUUGUCACCAAGAGUGAAGAUGAGAAUUUGCAGGCAAUAGCUUCUGACGUGCCUAAACUUGAACAUUCAUCUACAGUAGAUCAGAUAGACCUAAAAGCCUCUGACCCUGAGCGCCAGCCUCGUUAUCAGUUCCGCAAAUCCAAAAGUAUGCGUCUUGCGUUGAAGGAAGAUGUUGAAGGUUGGGCAGUUAAUUCUCUGUAUGAGAGUGCAGACGGCAGAAAACUCCAAAAAGCCUCAACUUUACCAGAUGCUAGGAGACAAAGAGGAGAUGAAGAGGACUGGGAGAACUCCCAACCUGAGGCACCCCAGUAUGACUAUGCAGGGGUUCGACUCACUAAAUGGGCUCUAAGACCAAAACCUGCAACUAAACCAAAGCCAUUAGAUUUGAACAGGUACCAGAGUGUCACAGACAGGUUGUCAAAGAACAUGAGUCAGAAGAGACCAAAGAGAGACAGCGUACAGAUGGAUGGGAACAACAUCCAGGCUCCACUGGCCACCCCAGAGAACAUCGAGAUUGCUGAUUAUGCACAGGUUCUGGACGCAGUGAGCCCAGAACACCCAGAGCACGACAACGACUACGCCUUGGUGCAGGACGCCCUGCCCCCUGGCAAGUUCCACAGAAUACGGUCCACUGUGAAGAAACAACAACAAGAUAACAAAGCUGGCACAGAGUCCGACUCAGAAUGUAGUUCACUAGAACGCCCCAAGCAGGACAUCUAUACCAGGGUGCACAGAAAGCCUACCCCACAUAAAAAGAAACACAGGCAGCAGAGGAAGAGUGACCCAUCUUAUGAUAAAGCACCUCUCAUACCAGCAUAUACCCCUGACAGGCUGAAACCCCCUGAUGAAUACAGAAAAUCUGUGCAGCACUCGGCCUCGGAGGGCAGUGAGGGCACAGGAGAUGAGUUACAAAACGGUAAAAAACAAAGGAAGAGACGAUCCCUGAAGAUCAAGAAAAAGAAAGCUGGUAAUGACUUGGUCCCUCUUCUUGCUAGCAGCCCACCAACAGAAGAUGUUUGGUUACGGAAUGAUUCAGUGGCAGAUGAGAAUCCAUAUGAAGACGUUAAACCUGACUCAAAGCUUCCUUUCUCUGGUGACGAGCCUUGCAGAGAGGAGCUAGGAGACAGUGGGAGGUGGAAACCCUUCAACUUGAAGGUGCUAAGAAGGCAGGAUGACCCUGAAAAAAUGAGGAGGAAGGAAGAGAAGAAAGCGCUGGAUGAGGAAAAACGGAGAAAGAAAGAAGAGGAGAGGAAAAAAUCAAAAUCUGUUGGGCGGUCCUUUAGAAGAAGCAAAAAGAAACCCAAGAAUGCCCCAGGCAGUGAGAUCACCACUAAAAUGUCUCUAGAUGACUAUGUGCAAAAAGAACAACGCCUCAUCCCAGUUUUUGUAGAGAAAUGCAUCAUGCAGAUAGAAGAGGAAGGCUUGACAGCCGAGGGCAUCUACAGAGUGCCCGGGAACCGAGCCCAUGUUGAUUUACUGCUUGAAAAGUUCAAAGAAGAUCCCAAUAUAGACCUCAAUGCCUUGGACAUUCCCGUGAAUGCAGUGGCCACGGCUCUGAAAGGUUUCUUCAGUGAUCUCCAUGACCCUCUCAUACCCAGCAAACUUUAUGAUGAGCUCAUACAUGCAGCAGGAAUUCAGGAUAAAACUGGUCGGCUGCUAGCUCUUCGAGGGGUACUUAAGAAGCUUCCUGCAGUUAACCAUGAAGUGCUCAAAUACUUAGCCACACAUAUGCACAAGGUCACAAAACAGAGUGAUGUCAAUUCCAUGGACAGUAAAAAUUUAGCCAUUUGUUGGUGGCCAACAUUAUUAAGGCCAGAAUUUGCCUCAUUUGCUGACAUGGCAUCCAAUGUUAUGUCACUGCAAGACAUUGUACAAACUAUUAUAGAUCAGCAUGGGUUCUUUUUCUAUGGAGAGAACGAAGUGUAGGAGGAUAGUUUUGUGUUUAGAGCAAACCUCACAACAGGACAGCCAAUUCGGGGAAAGAAGUUUCUUGAUAAAAGGGAGGGGGAUGGAAUUCAGGAAAUGUGACCAAUGAUGAUUUUGAAAUUCAUGACGAGUUUUAUAUUCAGAUCUGAUCAAAAGGGUCUUCAAGAUAAUGGUUGCUGAUUAUUUGUUGGAUGUUCUUCUCUGCUAUCCAAGAUAUGAAAUUAAGGAUGUUUGGAGCCAUCUUUCUCAAGAGUGGAAGUGACUGAGAAGUAGAGGAUUACAACUGGAUCUGCAUAUCUAACACUGGGAAAAAAAAAGUGAAUUUAGUGCAAAAGACACAGGCUGGUUGUUUACUGUGACAUGGAAAUUUUUUUGUCAUAUUUAAAGAAAGAUAACUGAAAAUAUAACUAAAAUACAGACAUUUAUACAAAUUAUUUGUAUGUAUGUGAACUUGAAAAUUUUUGUAAUUGUGAAUCAGGAUAUUUUUUUGGGCUCGAAUAGUCAGUUCAAACAAUGAAGUGUUGAUUUGUACUUGUAAUAAAAAAUCUGCUUCAACAUUUGAUUUGGACAUAAAUUACUGUAGGACUGCUUUUAUUUGUGUGGUUCAUGUAACACAUUUGGACAUGAAUAUUCCAGUUUUCACAUCAUUUUCUAUUUGUCAACAUGCAUGUAAAUGUAUAUAAAAAAUUACUUUUUUUCUUCUUGCUUGUCGCGACUGCCAUGAAGUCGCUAUCUUCAUCAGCAAAUCACAGACCUAUGCAGCAUGGAAUUAUCUGCCAUGUGCUUUAGUGCUUACUUAUCUACACAUUUGUAAAUGUUCUACAUACAAGGUUCAUUGUCAAAACUUGCUCAUUACUUCGCAAGAACCUUUAUUGAUUGAUUUUAUGUACCCCUUAUUAUAACUCUUGAAUUAUCCUCAAUUUGGACAAACAUUGUAUUUAGAAGAAUGGAUUAUGUGCUCAUCUCCUCAUAUUUUUUUACAUGUAUCAAACUUGUUGCAUUUUAUUGUCAUAUAAAAAUGGAAUAUUGUGUUCUGAGAGUUGGAUCUGUGCACCAUGGACUUUCUCUCAAAUAGUGUUGGUUGGCAUUUACUAGUCUAGCGAAGGUUCAUCACAGGCUCCGAAACCCGGGGGGUAGCUUAUCCCGAUUAUGUGCACUUGUAAACAGUUCACAAAGUAGUCAUCUUUGUAGCAUUGAAAUUACAUGGUGAUUGUUGUCUUAGUUGUUAUGGAUCCAGUGUAAUCCAAGCUUUGUAAAAGCAAAAGAGGAAUUUCAAAGAGAAUAUAUUUUUUCUUCCCAUCUGUAGAAAUUAUUCUUGACUGACAUUUCAUCUGCAAACUGAUGAUGGAUGGCCUUGUAACAUUCAAACCUCAAUUGUUCCCAGAAUGGAAUAGCUUUUACAUUUGUUCUAUGUGUAAUUAGGUAUGUGCAGUAUAAUUCAUUGCUUAGGGUGCCAGAGGACACAUUACUGGCGUCUGACGGGUCUGGUUCAUUCGGCACGUGGAUCCAGAAGUGUUAAUUUCUGUGUGCCUCAUUCUUCCACUGGUGCCAAGUGUAAUUUGCAUUGUACUAACCUAUUCAACAAAUGUAUAUGUUAUCUUCAGUGAUAAUAUGGAGCUGUUACUGUAAAGUAUAAUAACUUGUCUGGUACAUGUCUUUGAAAGUGAAAGUGAUGAAAGUGUAUUGUUGAGAUAGUUAAUGAAUGAAGGGUACCUGUUUGAGGUCGAAUUCUCAGAAAUCUGUAACUGUAAUUUUUGAUGUAUCAUAAAAAAAGGACUUAUUUUAAAAGAAAUUUGAAUUGCAAGUUAGCUACAUUUUUUGGAAGUUACAAAAUUUUGUGAAAAGACCUCGUGUUAUACAAGUUUGUGACAAGUUAUGGACUAAUACCUCAUCUUGCAACUUGAUUACACAAAGACAAUCACGACGUCAGUGUGUAGGAAAGAUGAAAAGUAGGAGUUUACAUGGAUAUAGAUCACUAAUUAUUCUGGCGUAGUCUGAAUGAAUGUGUGUAAUUUCAGCUUAUUUAUACUUAAAAGUGUUGAUGUUAAAAAAGUAGGGUAAAUUUUUUUUGCCUAUUAUGUAUGUGCAAGUAGGGUAUAUUAUUGUCGCUGUUCAUUUGCAUAAUUAUACCUCUCAGCUUCUUGAGACUGGAAUUGUACAUUCAGUGGGCAGCCUUUUCUGUUUCUUCUUUUAACAGAAGCGGACAAUGUUAAUUUUUUGGCCCACAAAUUUCUAUGGAAUAUUCCCAAUUCCAAAUAUGGGGGCACUAUUUGAUAUACACAUAUAUUAUAUGUCAUAAGGUCAUUUUGUAUGUAACUCAUGUCAUUUUUUGCAUUGUAUUGCAUUGCCUUUGUACACAACUGAAGAUGUUCACAACUGUGUCAAGUGCUAAAUGUAAAUCCAUGUGCUAUGAAGUUGCCAAGCCUCAAAAAUAAAAGGUAAUUGAAUAAAAAAGAUUGUUUGGUUA